AUGGGCAUAACAGACGACGAGGGCCUCAGGGCGGCACUGGCGGCGGCAAAGGAGGCCGAGGCGGCGCUCGCGACCAACGAGGUGUUCAAGGCGCAGCGCGACAAGGCCCAGUUUGAGUCGUACGCGGCGGCCGCCAAGCUGCUGCAGCGGGCGGGGCAGAUCCGCGCGGAGCUGAGGGGGUCCGCCCUGGAGAAAUUCAGGUGGGUUGAGUGA